AUGGAUAACCAGUUUGGGCAAUCAGAUCAAUCAGUAUACUCCCGAGAAUUUACUGAGAAUAGUCCGCCAAUGGGCAAUGGCCGCUCGCCUACUGAAAGGUAUGAUCGGGAAGACCGACUAUAUCACGGUGAACAUGCGGAGUCUUUACUACAUUCGGUUCCUUUGGGACUUCCAUAUCCUGCCUAUGAGCCUGAAUCGCAGCCGUUCAGCUAUGAGAUACCCGAGCAGCUUUCUUUACGAAGUCCUAGUACGAAGAGGCAGUCCAGUCAUCCACGAAGUCCUCAGUCAAUUAGCAGAGAUCCGUUUACCUCACCUCAAACCUUCGCACACGCAGAUGAUGCUUCAGCACCGGACUCAUGGCGACAACGCCAAACUCCAGCGCCCAGUGCCCUUCGUCGAUACCCUACCCGAAGGAUUAACUUGGUCCAAGGCAGCGUCCUGAGCGUAGAUUAUCCCGUACCUAGCGCUAUCCGAAACGCUAUCCAGCCAAAAUACCGUGACGCUGGGGAAGGCUUUACUGAAGAGUUCACACACCUUAGAUAUACGGCAGCUACCUGCGACCCUGACGAGUUCACCCUACGUAAUGGAUACAACCUACGAGCUUCCAUGUAUAACAGGUCAACAGAAUUGCUUAUUGCCAUUACCUACUACAACGAGGAUAAAGUGCUGACGGCGCGAACACUGCACGGCGUGAUGCAAAAUAUUCGUGAAAUCGUCAAUCUCAAGAAAACAGAAUUCUGGAAUAAAGGAGGGCCAGCCUGGCAGAAAAUCGUCGUUUGUCUUGUCUUCGAUGGUAUUGAUCCUUGUGAUAAAAAUACGCUUGAUGUCCUGGCCACCGUUGGUGUCUACCAGGAUGGAAUCAUGAAGCACGAUGUGGAUGGUAGAGAGACUGUUGCCCAUAUUUUCGAAUACACAACUCAACUGUCAAUUACGCCAUCACAACAGUUGAUUCGUCCUCACGGUGAAGAGCCAACCACCCUGCCACCGGUCCAGACGAUAUUCUGUCUAAAGCAGCAAAAUAGCAAAAAGAUCAACUCACACCGAUGGCUAUUCAAUGCGUUUGGCAGAUUAUUAAACCCUGAGGUCGUUAUCUUGAUCGACGCCGGCACGAAGCCAGGGCAUAAAUCUCUACUUGCUCUCUGGGAGGCAUUCUACAAUAACAAGAACCUCGGAGGAGCAUGUGGUGAGAUCCAUGCCCUGCUCGGCCAACGCUGGGAGAAACUCCUGAAUCCUCUAGUGGCUGCGCAGAACUUUGAAUAUAAGAUAUCAAAUAUCUUGGAUAAGCCUUUGGAAAGCGCGUUUGGCUAUGCGCGUUCUCUGCUUACCGGUACCGAGCUAUAA